AUCAAAGAAGAAGAAGAGGAAGAAGCGUGAAAGCCGUUGCAGUGUUUUUCUCCUGUGUAAACACAGCGCUGGAGCCUGAAAUGGCUACAAACCCGUCUGGUUUGACCUGAUACUGGGCUUUCACACACGGUUUCUACAGCUUGAGUGCUCAGCGGUUUAUUCUGGCCUUAGUAAAUCCCCAAACUCGGCAUGGAGAGGGAGAAUCCAGCUUUCCGUCCACGAGACAAUGAGGGCAGCAUAAACCAGAACGCUCCACUAUAUUGCAUUUGUCGCAAACCAGAUAUCAACUGCUUCAUGAUAGGUUGUGACAACUGCAAUGAGUGGUUUCAUGGUGACUGCAUUAAGAUUUCAGAGAAGACAGCGAAAACAAUCAGGGUUUGGUACUGUGAACGAUGUCGCAGUAAAGAUGAUUCUUUGGAGGUUAAGUUUCGUCCCAAGAAGAGCAGAGAGAAAGAUGCAGAGGCAGAUGGAGUGGAUUCACAAGCUGACACUGACACACCCGAUUUUAAGACUGGCCGGCGUGGGUCACGGGUGAAGCGGUCUGCACGUAUGUGUGGGGAGUGUGAGGCCUGCAGGCGAACAGAGGACUGCGCUCAGUGUGAUUUCUGCAAGGACAUGAAAAAGUUUGGCGGCCCAAAUAAGAUCAGGCAGAAGUGUCGGCUAAGGCAGUGUGAAGUCCGGGCUCGGAAAAUGCUACGGGUGAAGGAUGAGGAGUACUCUGCGUCUAAAAGCCCACACAUGCCCCAGAGAGACUGCCCUCUAUCAGAUGAGUUCAGUGAGGAUGAGCUGGAGCUUUAUGAGCAGUACCGUGCUGGCAGAUACGGAGACCAUAGCUGGAAUAGCGAUGAAGAUGAUGGUACGUGCCUUGACCCUGCCAUGCGGAAGAGAGCUGUGAAAGUCAAACAUGUGAAGAGGAGGGAGAAGCGAUCUGAGAAAAAGAAAGAGGAGAAUAAGCCCCGUAAGCACAAACCAAAGCAGAAGCACCGGGACAAGGUGAGGCACAGUGAGCGGACUGAAGCUCGAGACAGCGGGGGGACCAGACAGUGCCUCGGGCCGAGCUGUGUGGAAGCGGCGCGUCCCAACUCCAAAUACUGCUCUGAUGACUGUGGCAUGAAGCUUGCCGCCAAUCGCAUCUAUGAAAUCCUCCCUCAGCGCAUCCAACAGUGGCAGCAGAGCCCCUGUAUUGCCGAGGAACAGGGCAAGAAGCUUCUGGAACGCAUCCGGCGUGAGCAACAGUCAGCCCGCCUAAGGCUCACUGAGAUGGAGAAGCGUUUUCACGAGUUGGAAGGCAUCAUCGCCAAGGCCAAACAGCAAGUUGUAGAUCAUGAUGAAGAGGUGAAUGAGGGAGAUGAUGAUACAGACCUACAAAUUUUCUGCGUCUCCUGCAGUCAUCCAGUCAACCCCAAGGUGGCGCUGCGUCAUAUGGAGAGAUGCUAUGCCAAGUAUGAGAGUCAGACAUCAUUUGGUUCCAUGUAUCCCACACGCAUAGAAGGUGCUACGAGGUUGUUCUGUGAUGUAUACAAUCCUCAGAGCAAAACAUACUGUAAGAGGCUUCAGGUUCUCUGUCCCGAACACUCUCGAGAUCCAAAGGUUCCAGCAGACGAGGUGUGUGGCUGCCCUCUGGUUCGUGAUGUCUUUGAGCCCACAGGGGAAUACUGCAGAGUGUCCAAGCGCAAGUGCAACAAACACUACUGCUGGGAGAAGCUCCGCAGAGCAGAAGUGGAUCUGGAGAGAGUUAGAGUGUGGUACAAGUUGGACGAGUUGUUUGAACAGGAGCGAAACGUCCGCACGGCAAUGACUAAUCGCGCUGGCCUGCUGGCUCUCAUGCUGCAUCAGACCAUUCAACAUGACCCACAUGCCACAGAUCUGCGUUCUGGCAAGGACAGAUAGCCACUGAGGUCUGCUUUGCCUUUUCAUAGGUGCUAAUGUACUAGUAAAUGUUUAAAUAAUAUUGGUAACAGUAAGAAAUUAAAAAAAAAACCUGCACAGAAAAUUCUCUAUCUUUUAAAAACAAUUCUGGAAAGUUUUAAACUCAAAGGUCCCUUUUGCUUUUCAUUCUAAUGUUUUAUUAAUAAGUGACCAAACAACACAAGUAACAGUAGUUUUUUCUUUAAUUCCAAGUUCAGUGACUAAAGUUUCUCAUUUUAUUCUAAGACUGACAGCUUUGGAUUUACAUGGAUGUUUUUGUAAAUAAUCAUUAGAAAUAGCCGACUGGCUUUGGAGGUGGUUCUUAAUAGCACUAUGGAGUUCUACAUAUAUGCAUUAAUUCAUCUCAUGAUAUUUUCCUACCAUUUUUAAUAACUUUUUGAGAUUAAAAAUAAGGUCUUGUUUGGAGGAAGGAAGUUACAGCUAUGCUAACUUAGUCAUAUGAUUACUGCUAGCUUAGCUAUGUGACUAUGAGCAAUAUGAAAUAAAGGUUUAUCUUAUGCUUUUUGCUGGUUGGGUGUUUUUAUGUCCAACAUGUUUUUUUCCCCCUUUUUCCCAUCUAAUUCCUUUAAAAUUCCUGUAAUAUACUACAUAUAAGGUUUGUUGUUGUUUGCAAAGUAAUUUUUGCCCAUUCUUGAUGUGAAUUGUCUUCUCCUGUGCAGCACUGGGCCUCAUUCACCAACUCUUCUUAAGGUGAAAUUUCUUCUUAAAACCCUCUCACGCAGUUUUUAUGAAGAUUCUGAUGUUAACCAGUGUUUUCUUAUUUGCAAUUUGUUCUUAGGUAAGAACAGAAUCUACACACACUCAAGAGCACAAAGAUGCAAACAAUUCCGUGUUUUAAGAACACAUCAUAAAUCUCAGGUAGACUUUUUGAUGAAAGACUCUUAGGACAUUUCUGAAGAGCAAACUUGAGAAAAGACUUGGGAAGAUCUUGGCAAAUGAGGCCCAUUGUUUGCGUUUUAUUCAGAAGUACUAAUACUUGUGCACUACUUUUCCUGAAGGCUCCAUUAGCCCCAGUGAAAUUGGUCACAGGGUGCGGAGCUCAACAACUGUUCAGAAAUGCACUUCAGAUGAAAGCAGAUAUCAGCUGAAGAGCCACUGCUAUGCUGUCACGCAGUCUCUGCUACAUUUAUCGUUAACUUUGAACAGAUAUGCUAGCAGAGAAAACUAUGCUAACGGUGCCGCUUUGAGUUUCAUUUACUAUUUACUAUUAACUGUAUGUUCGUCUUGGUCAAUGACCGAUUCUGUGUACGUAAUUUACAAAUGUAUUAUGUGUGUCAUCCAAAUUAAAUUCUACUUUGUUUGAUGUGUAUGUGUCUAAUAAACUUGCCAAAAGUUGUGUCA